AUGAUUCACCAGAUGGAUGUCAAGACAGCAUUUCUAAAUGGACAUCUUGAGGAAGAUAUUUACAUGGCGCAGCCGGAUGGAUACGUUGAUGAAGAUCAUCCGGACUUUGUUUGCCAGCUAAAGCGCUCUCUAUAUGGUCUGAAGCAGUCCCCACGGAUGUGGAACCAGACCAUUGACAAGUUUAUGCUGGACUUGGAUUUUAAGAAGUGCAAGACCGACCAUUGCAUUUAUUUCAAGCGAGAUCAAGAAGACUUGAUUUUUGUAGCGCUGUACGUUGACGAUUUGGUCCUCGUAAGCAACAACGCCGAACUGAUUAGAGCUACAAAGGAUGCGCUAAGUGAGCGGUUUGACAUGACGGAUCUUGGCGACCUCAAGUACUUCCUAGGAGUGGAAGUUAACCAAGAUCGUUCAGCUGGUACGAUUUCGAUUUGUCAGUCCAAAUUUGCAAAGGACAUCCUUGAGAAAUUUGGCAUGGAUAACAGCAAUCCUGUCAGAACUCCACAAGAACCAGGACUCAAGCUGACAAAGUCAAUGUGCGUGGAUGGGUGCAAGCAUGACGAAACGAUGGCAAAUGUGCCAUUUCGCAACGCAGUCGGCUGCUUGAUGUACCUUAUGGUGGGUACACGCCCAGACCUUGCAGCUGCAGUGGGAGUGCUUAGCCAGUUCUCGGCAGACCCUUGUCCGACCCAUUGGCAAGCUCUUAAGCGGGUGUUACGUUACAUCCAAGGCACAAGGGAAUAUGGAAUCGAGUAUCAAGCAACAAACAAUGACAAACUGCACGGCUACUCGGAUGCAGACUGGGCCGGAGACGUGGAAGCUCGACGAAGCACAAGCGGGUACACGUUCAUAUUGAACAACGGGUGUGUAAGCUGGAGAAGUAAGAAACAGAGCACUGUGGCUCUUUCAUCUACGGAAGCGGAGUACAUGGCUUUGACGGAAGCUGCACAAGAAGCAAUUUGGCUGAAGGCACUAUUAUGUGAGCUCGACGAGAUGAGGAGCGAUGAAGCUGUCAAGAUUUACGAAGACAAUCAAGGUUCCAUCGCUUUGGCCAAAAAUCCCGAAUUUCACAAGCGCACAAAACACAUUGACAUUCGGUAUCACUUUGUACGCGAAAAAGUGGCUGAAGGAACAUUGGUGUUGGAAUACUGCUCGACCAAGGACAUGAAGGCCGACCUGAUGACGAAGCCAAUUCCUGCAGUACAGUUUCAACAUCUACGGAACAUGCUGGGUGUCAAGGUGCUAACUUCUGCCGAGGCGAGUGGGAGUGUUGUCACAAAUGCGCCUUGGCAUGCGUAUUCGCACAAGAACCUGUAG